AUGCAGCCGGACCUCCCCGUCGGCGACGCAGCGCUGCGCAGCCCGCCGGCCCCCGAGCCGGCCGGCGGCCCCUUCCCCAGCCCCGAGGCCACCAAGCCGCCCUACAGCUACAUCGCUCUCAUCACCAUGGCCAUCCAGAGCGCGCCCGAGAAGCGCAUCACGCUCAGCGGCAUCUACCGCUACAUCAUGGGCCGCUUCACCUUCUACCGCGAGAACAAGCAGGGCUGGCAGAACAGCAUCCGCCACAACCUCUCCCUUAACGAGUGCUUCGUCAAGGUGCCCCGCGACGACAAGAAGCCGGGCAAGGGCAACUACUGGACGCUCGACCCCGACUGCUACAACAUGUUCGAGAACGGCAGCUUCUUGCGGCGCCGCCGGCGCUUCACCAGGAAGAGGGGCCUCCGGGACGCGCCGGGUGCCGAGGGGGACGAGGGGCGCGGGAAGCCCCCCAGGCACCGGGCACGGGGGCUGCCCCCUGCCCCGCUGCCCGAGGAGGGCAAGGCGGAGGGGGGCUAUGCCUCACCGGCGGCCACUGGGCGCCUGCCAAGCCCCGCCACGCUCCCCGAGGGCACCGGGGUGCUGGGGUGCGCCGAGCCCUGCGCCCGGCGGCAGCCGCCCAAGGCCAGGCAGCCCUGCCUGUACCUGCCGGACGUGCCGCAGCCCAAGGGGUCGUUCUUUGCCCCCCCGGAGAGCCGCCUGCCCAAGGAGACUGUCUUCGGGGGGCUCCCGGCGGCGCUGCAGCUGCCCCGGCCAGGUCAGUACCCGCUGCCCGGUGAGCGCCCGGCACCGCACCCUGCCCUGCUGCCCACCCUGCUGCCCGCCCAGCCCAGGGACCCCCCGCAGGACUCCCCGGCCCCCCCAGGCACCCCCCCGGGGCAGCUGGAAGGCGAGGAGCCGGCCGCCCCCGGGCUGGGGCCAGGCCAGCCCUUUGGGCAGGUGCCCCCCGCGUUCCCUGGCACCCUCCUGGGCACGGGCAAGCCCCCCCCGUCCUGCUUCCUGGAAGGGGAGGGCUACGCGCAGCCCCCCCUGCCCGUUUUCGGCUCCUUCGGCCGGUCAGGGCCCGAGGCGCUGGGUGGCAGCUACCAGUGCCGGGUGCAGGCGCUGAGCUUCUGCGUGAAGGAGCGGCCGUGUGGCGCAGCGCUGGAGCAUCUCCUGGCCGCGGCCCCCCCGGCCCCCGCCGCCCCCCGCCAGCCACCCUUCAGGGCCGCAGGACCGCGGGCAGGCGAGCAGAAGGAGCCAUGGGGGCCGGGGGGUGCGAUCCCGCUGCAGGGGGGCAAUGGCUACCCUCUGGGGCUGCCCCCCUGCCUCUACCGGACACCCGGCAUGUUCUUCUUCGAGUGAGGGACUGGCCCACCCCGGGAUGCCCCCGGCCCCGGCACCGAAUAAAGCACG